AUCCAGCACUCCACACACACACACCACGACCUACCACAACUGGAUACUCGUCCACUAACCUUAUCUCGUUUUACGCCGGAGUUUAAAAAGACUAGCAAACAAAGUAAUCCUCCCCAAGAUUCUUCAUGAUCGAUUUCAACGGCGAUUGGGACGAACCCGAUAUCUGGUCAACUCCAACCCCAUCUCCCCUCGCAGCGGACCAUAGUUCUACUUCGACUGGCGCUGAUCUCGGUGAAUUGAAAAACCAAACAUCAAAAGAACCUCAAGCUUCAUCAUCCAGCUCAAACCAGACCUCGCCAGAUCUCUCCGACCCAUCCUUCCAUCCCAUCGAAAACAUCAACGUAGAUUCAAACUCAGAUCAGGAACCUAGUACUCCUACAGCCCUUCGAUCACCACUCCAAUUACAAUCCUACCUCCAAUCCCCACCCAAAUCUACCACAGCCGCCUCUGGCCUAGAAUUACCUCCAAGCGAUUCACAGUUUGCAACCCUACCCUUAGCCACUGGCUCCUGGUCGACCGGCGAGACCCUCUCAAGUGAUGGUCUAUUUGAGCCCAACGCGCCCUCUGGAUUCGAUGAGUUUGAUUCCCAUCAAAGCUUUGAUGAUCAGGAAAGUACUGAAGAUGAUGAAUUUGGUGACUUCGACGAUGGCGAUGGCGAGAUGACUGUUGGUGAUGACAACUUCGGUGGUUUUACCGUUUCAUCACCCUUACCUAUCACCUUACCAACGAUGCCAGUGGUACCGUUCAAAUUACCCGAUCAGUUCUCCGAGGGCGCUCUUCGGGCUGCUCUGACACCGGCAUUGGAGGCUUUAUUUACAAAUCAUUAUUCCCGACCAGAUCCAUCUCAGGCUUGGCUUGAGCCUCUACCUCCCGUUCAGAAAAAGAAGAGCGAGCAACGCUCCACUUCAGAGUCUCGACAGAUGCCCUCGAUCCUCAAAUCCGAUGAUCUGCAAAGAACUUGGCGGACCUUAGUGGAUGGUGGCAACGGACUUGGAAGACCGGUUGAAUGGAAGCGCAGUCAGAUUCGACGUUUUCAUCUGGUUCACCUCGGCAUCCCAGUCGAUCUGAACGACUUCCUCGCACCUCCCCCCUUAGCCAGUAAGUUGCUGACAAUCGAUACCAAGCGUAACGGACCUAAUUCCAAUGGCCAAUCGAACUGCCAUUCACCUGCCACGAUAUCUCCAUUUCACGGGCCAAAUUUGGAUCGAAAACGGUGUGAAGAACUCGUUGCGAUGAGUGAAGUCAGUCUAACCACCCAAGACCUUGAACAACUCACAUCCAUCCGGGAUGAACUUGAAUUAUUGGGUCGGAGAGCCUCGGAGUUGUUGGUGUUUAAGCAACAAAAGAGGGACCGAUCGAUCCAAGAUUGUAAAUCGUACAAUACAAUGAUUUCAGAUUUGGUACUGGCGGCACAAAGGAUCCAGAUGGCUUCGCCUAGCUCGACCAAAAGAGCCUCCUCAAUCAACAUCGGCUCAUCCUCUAUUUCAAGUUCCUCUUCCAAGUGGCCCUCCUUGGCUCGAAGUAACAGUCAUCACAACAGCCGCCCUGGUACUGCUCACACUACUUCUCCUCCUCCUACCGACGCCCCCGCGAGCAAACCUAACUAAAAAUAACAACUGGCCCUCUUGAUACUUCCAUGCCCUCUGCUACCCUUUGGAAGUACGAUUUGUACCCUAUCCUCAUGUCUGCUCAUUUGUUUUUCUAAUUUUAUUGUUUAUCGUCCACCUCAAAAGAAAAAUAUUCUCAUAGCAGAGAAGACCAAAGACGAUUCACGUUCAAUCUUCUCAGCCCGCUGUGUUUACACGUCCA